CUCUGUUACUGUACUGAUCGACACAUAUCACGACCCUUGAUGCCAAUCGCAGGCUACUUCAAUAUCAAGAUUCUUUCCUUCCCUCCAGAUUUCUCCUAUUCUACGCUUUCAUCAUUCCAUCUCGUCUUCCUGCGACGGCCGUUUGUCCUGACCUACAACGCUCUCGAGGGUGUGCCCAACACAACGUUUCCCCCUCUAUCGACUCCACCAGAACUUUCUCGGUUUUCGCCCCUCCAGCAGCAACCCUCCCCCGGCACUGUCCAAACGUGCUUUCUCAGCCCAACCAACAAAGCUCGCUGCCCGACUCGACCGCACCAAUUCUUACCCUGAGUCGUCGUUUGUUUGGAAGCAAGUUUUGCAAUCAUCGACACUAGACCCCGUCUGGCCAUCCAUUCAACUGUCGCCCGUGGUCCUCGCAUGCCGGCGUGAAUCGACUACGGUCAGCGCAGCUGCGCAACAAAUUGCUGCAACACCCAUUCCUCUGGCCACCUUAGUCACCAUGGCCGACAGCCUGCCUCAGCAGCCGUCUCCUCCCGCAGACUCCCAGCCCGAUGAAGCAGUCUCGAAUUCCUCACCCACCACGUCUUCCAAUCCCUCCUCAGACUCGAUAUCCAGACCACCGUCACUGACGUCGCCUGGUGUCGGCAUGGCUUCCUCGAUGAGUCCCUCAUCCGCUCCACUCGGACCUGUCAAUGCCGCAAGAAGGCCCGGUCCUCUGCCCGGUCGUGCAAGUGGCCUCAACUCCGAUAUACAAGCAAAAAUGAAGGCAUUCUCGCAGUCUAGGCAGGGGGGCCGUCCCUCUGCGACGCAACAAUCGGGAGGUCCGCACGGGUUUGUUGGAGGCCCUCUCGCAGGAGCUCCUCCAUCUUCACCGGCCUCUUCGGCCGGUGGACUACAAUUGCCUCGAGGUUUAAGCCGACCCAACGCUUCCAGCUUUGGGUCUUCUCCAUCUCCGGCGACGGGGAGCCCCAGAAUGGCCAGUCCGCAACCACGGUUGCAGAUGGGUGGGCUCGCAGCGAAGAGAGGCUUCAAGCCCGGGGCGAUGAAAUUAUCCGAUGCUCACAAGCCGCAGCCUGCCGGUGAGAAUCCUGAAAAACAAGAUACCGGCUCGCAAUUCAACAAGUUUUCCAGCAUCGUAGAUACCAAGAAAGGUACACUGAAUUUUCAGAACAAGGCUGUCAUCCACGGCAGCGGCAUCGAGUUUGCUGGAGGCAGCACCUUCUCAAUAUCACUCGAUGAAGUCGACACCAUGGCCGAACUGGGAAAAGGGAAUUACGGGACAGUGUUCAAAGUACGACAUGCCCGUCCCAAGAUGCGAAGACCUGGCCUUGGCUUACGAGGCAAUAUGGUCAGGCAAGUAACAAGUUCAAACCUCACGGAAAAUGGCGAAGGUGAAUGUCCAACUACAGACUCUGGAACCAGCGGCCUGGUCAUGGCAAUGAAAGAAAUCCGGCUUGAAUUAGACGAUACAAAAUUCGCCCAGAUCAUCAUGGAACUGGAUAUUCUGCAUCGUUGCGUUUCACCUUUUAUCAUUGAUUUUUACGGUGCAUUCUUUCAAGAAGGCUCGGUGUAUAUUUGUAUUGAAUAUAUGGAUGGUGGCUCCAUUGACAAACUAUACGGUGAUGGGGUCCCUGAGGGGGUUCUCAAGAAGAUCACGUUGUCGACUGUGAUGGGACUCAAGUGUCUGAAAGAUGAACACAACAUCAUCCAUCGUGACGUGAAGCCCACCAACAUCCUGGUCAACACCCGAGGACAGGUCAAGAUCUGUGAUUUUGGCGUCAGUGGAAAUCUGGUCGCAUCUAUCGCGAAAACGAACAUUGGUUGUCAGAGUUACAUGGCUCCUGAACGGAUAUCUGGUGGCGGUGUGUCACAGGCUGGCGGCGCUGGAGGCUCCUACAGUGUGCAGUCUGAUAUAUGGUCACUAGGUCUUACCAUCAUUGAAUGUGCACUCGGAAGAUAUCCUUACCCUCCAGAGACAUACGACAACAUCUUUAGUCAGCUGAAUGCCAUUGUGGAUGGUGAUCCACCAGAUUUACCAGCAGAUCAAUAUUCGGAGGCAGCCAUUGACUUUGUACGUGGAUGCCUUAACAAGAUACCUCGACUUAGACCGACCUAUGCAAUGCUUCUUCGACACGCCUGGUUGGCUCCUCUGAUGAAACCGCCGACCAUUUCUGAGGACGAAGAGGCUGAAAAGGCAGCCGAAGCCGGCAUUGAAUCGGCAUUUGUGGAAAAUGGUGUUCCCGACACUGCAGAUAAAGAGGUCGCCGAAUGGGUCAAUUCGGCACUAGAAAAGAAGAGGCAGGGCAAGUUGGCAGUGAGCAAGAAGCCGGCAUUGCACGAAGCACCUCUAGAUGCUGUUCCUGGGAGCCCAUUGCUCACAAAGCCCGAAGCUGAUGCCGAAGCGAAUGCGAUAGCUGAACAGCAGGCAAAUUCUGGUACUCGCGUUGAUUCUCUGGAUUUGCUAGCGGCGAAGGUGCAAGGUCUUGACUUCGCUUCAUGAACAGUCUGGACGGGAAGUCAAUAAACACCAUGAAAGAUAUUGUAACGGUACCGAGGAAUGAACAAUCAUCCGGCACCAACAUUUGGUAGAGAGCUCAAUAAGUUUCAUAGUGUAGACUAUCGGUGACAUUAGCCUGCCACAAUACACUGUUCUGCAAAGUUCUAC